UAUUUAUAAAUCGCAGCCCAUCGUUCUGGUAAAGAAACAACUGCCGAGUAUUUAGGGCUUUGCCAGAAAGACCGAUUCCGAUCGACACCGAGCUCCGAUCACAACCACGACAGCAAAGAUGGCCGACGGGGAAGAAGCCGCGCGCCGUCAUACGGCGGUCAAUGACUACCGCAAGAAACUCCUUCAGCACAAAGAACUCGACUCUAGAGUUCGAUCUGCGAGGGAGAACUUAAGAGCUGCAAAGAAGGAAUUUAACAAGACGGAAGAUGAUUUGAAGUCUCUUCAAAGUGUUGGGCAGAUUAUUGGAGAAGUUCUCAGGCCACUUGACAAUGAACGAUUGAUUGUCAAAGCAAGCAGUGGACCACGAUAUGUGGUUGGAUGCCGCAGUAAGGUGGAUAAGGAAAAAUUGACGUCUGGUACUAGAGUAGUUCUUGAUAUGACGACACUCACCAUUAUGAGGGCUCUUCCACGUGAAGUAGAUCCAGUUGUGUAUAAUAUGUUGCAUGAAGAUCCUGGAAAUGUUAGCUAUUCUGCUGUGGGUGGUUUAUCUGAUCAAAUUAGAGAAUUGAGGGAGUCCAUUGAGCUACCUCUCAUGAAUCCUGAGCUUUUCCUUAGGGUUGGCAUCAAACCUCCCAAGGGUGUGCUUCUAUAUGGUCCUCCUGGUACUGGCAAGACAUUGUUAGCAAGGGCAAUUGCAAGCAACAUAGAUGCCAACUUCUUGAAGGUCGUAUCAAGUGCCAUAAUUGAUAAGUACAUUGGAGAAAGUGCAAGGCUAAUAAGAGAAAUGUUUGGAUAUGCACGUGAUCACCAGCCCUGCAUAAUUUUUAUGGAUGAGAUUGAUGCCAUUGGUGGGAGAAGAUUCAGCGAGGGAACAAGUGCAGAUCGUGAAAUUCAGCGAACAUUGAUGGAGUUACUUAACCAGCUUGAUGGUUUUGAUCAGCUUGGUAAGGUCAAAAUGAUAAUGGCUACAAACAGGCCAGAUGUUCUCGACCCUGCACUUCUUCGACCAGGGCGAUUGGACCGCAAAAUAGAGAUUCCUCUGCCAAAUGAGCAAUCCAGAAUGGAGAUCCUUAAGAUUCAUGCUGCUGGAAUUGCCAAGCAUGGUGAGAUUGAUUACGAAGCUGUUGUAAAGCUUGCAGAGGGAUUUAAUGGAGCUGAUUUGCGGAAUGUCUGCACUGAGGCUGGAAUGGCAGCUAUUCGUGCUGAACGUGACUAUGUCAUCCAUGAAGAUUUCAUGAAGGUUGUUUCUUUUUUUAAUUUCUCUAGCAUUCAAUUAGAAUGUUUCCUCAUACUCACUUUCACAUCUUGCGAUAUUCAGGCAGUACGAAAAUUAAACGAAGCGAAGAAACUCGAGUCCAGUGCACAUUACAGCGCUGAUUUUGGAAAGGACUGAAGUCAUGUAAUUUCUCUUAGCAGCCAAAAUCUCUUCAAGCAUAACACUUCCCUUCCUGGGGAAACGAUGAGAGUCUUUGGACGCAUGCAAAAUCGAGCUAUUCCCGGUAUCACUGGUGCUUAUCUUGUAUCUAACUUGCUGUAUCUGAUCGCAGAUGGGGAAAUGAUGAAUAUCCAUGAAAAUAUGGCAAUUUUUGUUAUCUUAGAUUUCUUUUCUCCAAGCCGAGAGAUGAAUUUGUCCACUGUGACUGUCAUUUACCAAAACAUGAUAUCUGCUCCCCAGUUUACAAACUACACAGUUGAUAAAUUGAUUGCAAAGGUUAUGCACUGUCUCUAUUUGUAAUAUUACUGCUCCCAAUGUACAAUCUGGAUUUGAUGAACAUUAUAUUGCAGGAACUCACUUUGUUGAUUUU